GCGCACACAGAAACAGACACGGGGAACAACGACUUAGAUGGCUCUCUCUCUCUCUCUCUCUCUUUAAUCUAUUCCAAAUCAGAUAUGACUUGUUAACGGUAUUAUACUUGUAGCCAUUCUCCGCGAGGGCGAACGACAAAAAACCUCUAUUAUUUUUCACACACAGAAUCGCAACAUAUCAGCUGUUUGACACAGUUCCACAUUCCGGCGCACAGAGGGAAAAUGAAGGCGAAAAACCGUGACCAAAGCCUGUCGGACUCCAGAGAGCUGGACGGAUCAUAUGACCAGCUAACGGACAGCGUGGAAGAUGAUUUUGAGUUAUCCACUGUGUGCCAUCGCCCUGAAAGUAUGGACAAGCUGCAGGAGCAGACUAAAUUCACCAAGAAGGAGCUGCAAGUCCUCUACAGGGGCUUCAAAAAUGAGUGUCCGAGUGGUGUGGUGAAUGAGGAGAACUUUAAGAACAUUUACUCCCAGUUCUUUCCUCAGGGAGAUUCAAGUAUGUACGCACAUUUCCUGUUUGAAGCCUUCGACACUAACAAGAACGGCUCGGUUAGUUUUGAGGACUUUGUAUUUGGCCUGUCUAUCAUCCUGAGAGGGACCAUUAAUGACCGGCUAAACUGGGCAUUCAACCUCUAUGACCUGAACAAGGACGGCUGCAUCACCAAAGAGGAGAUGUUGGACAUCAUGAAGUCCAUCUAUGACAUGAUGGGGAAGUAUACAUACCCCACUAUGCAGGAUGAUGCUCCAAGAGAACAUGUAGAGAGCUUCUUCCAGAAAAUGGACCGAAAUAAAGACGGGGUAGUCACCAUAGAGGAGUUCAUCGAGUCUUGCAAAAAGGAUGAGAACAUCAUGCAGUCCAUGCAGCUGUUUGACAAUGUCAUCUAAGAAUCUGGACCAGUUAGAACGCUGGUACCAGGGAGGGGAGUGUGUGUGUGUGUAUAAGAGGAAUCAGAAUUGAAGAGUUUGUGAAUGUGUGUGUGUGUGUGUGUGUGUGUGUGUGUGUGUGUGUGUGUGUG